GUCAUUCCAGCUCCAUAUAAAGCUGAAGGCAGAAGCCGUCCUGAUGUGAUCCCAGACUCCAGGAUCUGAAUCCGUUUCUCAACCCAGUAGUAUUCCAGGAUCUUCCGUUAUCUAUCAUGGCUGAUCAAGUGGCUCCAGAGAACCCGACCCCUGCCGCUGCACCCACCGUUCGGCCCAAACAGCGUGUGUCCCACCGCGGACGCAGCGCAGGAGGCAGAGCCAGCUCUAAUCAACAAGAGGGCAAGGUGGAGGAGUUUGAACCCUUCAUGCUGAUGCCCAGAGGACCUCCACCACUCACCGAGUAUCUGGAUAUCUUUGAUGUGGAUGUGCUCAAACAGCCUAAUGAAGUGAAUAAACAGGCUCAUCACACACACCUUUACUCCAGCAACUUCCUCAUCGUGCGCCGAGCUCAAGAGUUUCAGAUCAAGAUCACCUUCAAUCGGCCGUACAAACCGGCUGAAGACAAGUUUGCAGUUGAGUUUGUGAUAGGACCUGUUCCUCAGUACAGUAAAGGCACCUACAUUCCAGUCUUCCCCACUGCGAAGCGGCAGAGCGUUUGGAGCGGCCGGGUCAUCGAAAGCAGUGAAAAUGUGGUCACGAUGGGCAUCACUCCCUCAGCAGAGUGCAUUGUGGGAAAAUACAUGACCUACAUCGGUGUGGAGACACCCUACGGCAUCCGCAGGACCAGGAGAGACCCAAACACUGACAUCUACAUCCUUUUCAACCCGUGGUCACCAGCUGAUCCAGUGUUUCUGGAUGACGUGGAGGAGCGUGAGGAGUGUGUUAUGAAUGAACUCGGGAUAAUCUAUCAUGGAGCAUAUGAUGAUGUGUCUGAACGUGCCUGGAACUACGGACAGUUUGAGUUUGGAGUUCUGGAUGCGUGUCUGUUCGUGAUGGAUAAAGCUGAUAUGCCGCUGUCAAACCGAGGCGAUGUCGUUAAAGUGACCCGCGUCGCUUCAGCAAUGCUGAACUCUCGUGAUGAUGACGGAGUGUUGGUGGGAAACUGGAGUGGGGAUUACAUGUACGGAGUGCCACCGACAUCCUGGACUGGCAGUGUUGAGAUCCUGCUAGACUAUGCCAACAGUAGUGGAACUCCAGUCUGCUAUGCUCAGUGCUGGGUCUAUGCCGCCGUCUUCAACACCUUCCUGCGUUGUCUCGGGAUCCCCAGCAGAGUUGUGACCAACUUUUUCUCUGCCCACGACAAUGACGGCAACUUAAAGAUGGACAUAAUCCUGGAUGAAAAUGGGAAACUAGACCGGAACCGCACCAAAGACUCCAUCUGGAAUUAUCAUUGCUGGAACGAGUGCUACAUGGCCAGGCCUGAUCUGCCUUCAGGGUUUGGAGGUUGGCAGGUUGUGGAUGCGACACCACAGGAGACCAGCGAUGGUAUGUUCAGGUGUGGACCUGCAUCUGUUGCUGCCAUAAAACACGGCCAGAUCUGCUACCCUUUUGAUGCCCCCUUUGUGUUUGCAGAGGUGAACAGUGACGUGGUCUUUUAUCGUAGACGUAAAGACGGUAUUCUGGAAGUCGUAAAGGUGAAUCAGACUCAUGUGGGCCGAAUGGUCCUGACCAAAGCUGUGCUGCACAGUGGACGUCGAGACAUUACAAACCAGUACAAGUUCCCUGAAGGGAGCCCGGAGGAGAGGCGUGUGCUGGAGAAAGCAGAGGAGUUCGGCUGUCAGCGGGAGAAAUCCUCUCCUGCUCUGAGCGAUGUGGACGUGGAGAUCCACAGUCUGGAUGUUAAUGUUGGGGAAAACUUUGACGUGACGCUGCAGUUCACCAACCGCAGUGACCAGCGCCGCACGGCAGACGUCUACAUCACCGGGACAGUGGUGUAUUAUACUGGAGUCCCGAGUGGAGAGGUCGUGUUUAAGACUCCCAAAGUUAAACUAGAGGCAAUGCAGAGUAAAGAGGAGAAAGUGCUGGUCCGCAGCGAGGACUACAUGAACAAGCUGGUGGAGCAGAGAAACAUCCACUUCAUCGCUACGGGGAAGAUUAAAGAGACUGGACAGAUCAUCACAGCCAUGAAAGUCAUCGCAAUGCACCAUCCCAAACUCACCGUCAAGGUCACAGGCUCUCCGAGAGUGAGUGAGGAAAUGUACGUGUCUGUUGAGUUCACAAACCCUUUCAAGUUCAGUCUGGAGAACGUGGAUCUGCGUGUGGAGGGUCCCGGAGUCCUGCCCUUCAAAUACAAGCAGUACAGUGUGAUUGCUCCAGGCACCUCUAUAACGUGGACGGAGGCGUUCAGCCCUCGACGGGCCGGAUCUACUAAAGUGUUUGCCAAACUAGACUGUGCUGCUCUCAGACAGGUGUACGGAGAGACGGAGCUCACCGUCCAAGAAUGAAGACGGGAAACUGACAUCUGUAGUCUAUGACCAAAGAGAAUUUGCAUGUAAACUCCAGCACUGCAUGUACUCCAGAGAAGCAUCAUAUUGCUGCAUGUUACCAGUGCCUUAUAUUACUGUAUGUUUAGUUAAAUAGUUAUCACAGUUUAUAUUGUCAUUUAGCUAUACUUGUCUUUUAUGUAAGAAGAGUAGUGCUGUACUGCAUAGAAAAUAAACUGUCAACAAAAAAAGAGUUUGUUUUCCAUG